UGAGCGGCGUGGAGACGAAGAUGCCCGGCUACUACACGCGAGACCUGACCACCAAGAAGUCCUACCGACCGGGCUUCGACACCGACCGAAUACUCUUCAAGGACGACGAGCUGAGCUACGCCCUGGGCAAGGAGGGGGCCACCAGGAAGAAGUUGGAGACGGCGGCUGGCGCCGUCCUGCAGUACGUCGGGCACGCGGCGUACAUCGCGGGGACCCGCGCGGAGCGGCAGCGCUGCAGGGACUACAUCGACUGGCUGCUCCUGCAGCGCAAGGGUGCCAUCACGGUCCGGGACGUGAAGGGCCGCGCGGACGUCACGGAGCUGAAGAUCCCCGACAACUGCAAGGGCUGGGUCGCCGGGGACCGCGGGCACGAGCUCCGGCGGAUGGAGAAGGAGAUCUUCACCGGCACGUUCAUGUUCAUGGCGACAGACGGCGUGGCGAGGAGCGCCUCCUCAUCAGGCGGCUCUGCUGCGCGGAGGCGGGCACGUGCACGAGCUCCAAGGGCCGCAAGGCGGCUGAGCGCAUGGUGCUGGCGAUGAUACGGGAGCGGACGAAGCUCAACGCCACCGACCGGCGCGACAGGCGCCGGAGGAGCAGCAGCUGCUCCGCGAGCGCGGGGCGGCGCAGGGACCGGGACCGGAGCCGGGCGCGGAGGCGCCGCAGGCGCGCCAGCAGGAGAGCCGCAGUGCUGCGAAGCGGGGCGCCGAGGCCGCCGCCGCCGCCGCAGGCGCGGGCGCCGCCGCAGCGGGUGCGCCGCCGGAGGCCGCCGCGGCGGACGGCGGGGUGCAGCCCAAGGGCUUCGCAGCCAAGAGCAGGCCGGCGGAGCCGCCCCUCGCGAAGGACUGAGCCGAGCUUUGCCGAGGGCGCCCCUCUGGAGGCGGACGCCGCCACGCCCGCCACGACGCCGAAGGCCCCGCCUCCGGAGCCGUGGGUGCUGCAGGCCAAGGUUCGCAACUCGGCGGACUGCGACGGACUCGACGGCCUGGGGCCCCCCCCCCCAGCCUCGACCAGGCGCGCCUCGCCCGAGCCGCGCCGGGACCUUGACCAGGUGGGCGCCGCGCCGAUCUCCAAGUCCGGCACCCCCGCGCCGGCGCCGAAACCCAGCCGGGCCCCGCCGCCGAAGUCGAGGUCCUCGGCCGCCCCCGCCGUGGACAGCCUGCUGGACCGCUUCGCCGAGCUGUCCAAGCCCCGCAGGGACCGCUCGCCCUCGCGGGAGUGGGAGCCCCCUUGGCGCGUCGGCGCCUCUGCCGCCAGCGGCC